GGCCAUCACUCAUCCACAACACUUUCAUUCACAUAAGAGCGAGCUACCCUCAGGAGGAGCACUGCAUAGACUCAUCGCCUCAUUGCCGGAAUAACUUGUUGAUAUUUUAGAGAAAAAGUUCUACAAACUUAUUUUUGGAGGGGAAUGAUGGGGGCUUUCACGUUCAUUAUCGGUGUGACUCUGAUUUUGUGUCAAGUUGGGACAAGUCCUGCCAACGCUGGGAUGUGCUGGCUGCAGCAGAACCAGGACCAGAAGUGUGACAUGGUGCUGAUGAGGGGAGUCACCAGGGACGAGUGCUGUGCCGGGGGCCGCCUGGACACCGCCUGGUCCAACACCAGCCUGCCCAUGAACGAGGUCAGCCUGCUGGGCUUCCUGGGAAUCGUCUCCUGCAAACCCUGCAAAGAGACCUGCGAGGGGGUGAAGUGCGGCCCGGGGAAGGUGUGCCGGAUGAAGACCGGCAGGCCCCAGUGCGUGUGUUCCCCGGACUGCUCCCCUGUCGCCCUGAAGCAGCCGGUGUGCGGCAGCGACGGCAGGACCUACCCGGACGAGUGCUCCCUGCUCAUGGCUCACUGCAUGGGCCACCCCGACCUGGAGGUCAUGUACCAGGGAGAGUGCAAAAAGUCCUGCUCCAACGUGGUGUGCCCGGGCACCCACACCUGCGUGACGGACCAGACCAACAGCGCCCACUGCGUCAUGUGCCGCAUGACGCCCUGCCCGGUGCCCUCCGUGACGGAGCAGCCCAUCUGCGGCAACGACAACAUCACCUACCCCAGCGCCUGCCACCUGCGCCGUGCCACCUGCUUCCUGGGCCGCUCCAUAGGGGUCCGCCACUACGGCCACUGCAACAGUAAGCCCCUCCCACUGCUCCGCCACUACGGCCACUGCAACAAUCCUCCGAGGAUGUCUCACGACAUGGAGGGCAGUGAGGAGAAUGCCGUGUAGAGGAGAUGGCACCACUCUGGUCCUCCUCGUACAACAGAACCCUGAUGUUCCUCUGAUGGGUCGGCCACCAGAUACGUGCCUCAUUGUAAUGGUUCAACAUGUACAAUUGCAACAUGUACCCUCCAAUCAUGGCCAUGGCCUUAUUAUGAAAACCAAUCACUCAUUCACUCACUCACUCACUCACUCACUCACUCACUCACUCACUCACUCACUCACUCACUCACUCACUCACUCACUCACUCAUUCACUCACUCACUCACUCAUUCACGCCAGUGAGAAUUGGGAGAUCUGGUUGGAAAACUCUUCGACUUGGAUAAGCUGCAGAGACGAAGACACAAGAGUGUCUUAAAAGGAGGGAAAUAUGUAGUGGGCUGUGUGGGUAACGUGUGUGUAUAUUGUAAAUAGGACACCACUACUAUUUAUUGGAGAAGGUAUAUCGGUCUAUUUAAGUUUUAAUCCAGUAUAAAAUACCAUGUACCAUUAAGACAAGCUGAUGCAAAACAAAUGUAUUUAUUGUGUUUACUUGAGUGGUUUCAAAAUAGUUGUAGAUAAUAGUUGAUGUCAAUUUUAACUUUUACAACGUCUUGUGUUUUUAUAGACUCUUAAAUCUCACUCCCCCAUUAUUAGGAAUUUAGACACAAGCACACACACACACGCACACACACACACACACACACACACACACACACACACACACACACACACACACACACACACACACACACACACACACACACACACA